AGGAGGAUCCAAACCGCAAAACCAAUAGGAGGUUGUUUGCUAGUUUAAUCAAAGUGGUUUCACUGGCGCAUGUCAAGCGACAGCCAUCCUAAAUUGGCAUCGAAUUGGUGCAAAAUAACUGAAAUGGUCUAUUAACUCGAACACGCCAGUAUCUGAACUUAAGCAUCUUUAGAAUGAGUCGUGUACAGAUCCCUGCUACGCAUGACUUUUAGAAGAAAUACAUCAAUUAUUAUCAUAUUUUCGGUUGCAGGCAAGCCCAACACUUUCUAAUGGAGCUAGAGGUGGAGUGGUGGAAAGGCCAACUUGCCGGAGACAUAUACCAAGCUCUUCGCUACAAAAUCUAAUUGCCAUUGUGAGUAAUCGCUUCAGGCUUUGCCCCACGGCAAGGCACCUGGCUGUCUACCUGCUGGACCUGGUCAUGGAUCGCUAUGAUAUCUCUGUGCAGCAGCUGCACGUGGUUGCCCUCUCCUGCCUGCUUCUUGCCAGUAAGUUUGAAGAAAGGGAGGAUCGUGUCCCUAAGCUGGACAUGCUCAACAGCCUGGACUGCAUGAGCUCCAUGAAUCUUGUGCUGACCAAGCAGAGCCUGCUGCACAUGGAGCUUCUCCUGCUGGAGACCUUUCAGUGGAACCUGUACCUGCCCACCGCCGCCCACUUCAUCGAGUACUACCUGUCCAUUACCGUCCAGGAGUCCGACCUGCACGGCGGCUGGCCGGUGGCCAGCCUGGAGAAGACAAGCCUGUAUGUGGCCAAGUACGCCGACUACUUCCUGGAGGUGUCACUCCAAGACCAGGUGUUCCUGAGCUACGCCCCGUCGCUGGUGGCUGCAGCGUGCGUGGCUUCCUCUCGGGUCGUCCUGCGCCUGUCCCCCACCUGGCCGUCCCGUCUCCAGCGCCUCACGGUGUACUCCUGGGAUCACCUGUCAGCCUGCGCUGAGCGCCUCCUCAUUGCCCAUGACAACGAUGUGAAAGAGGCCAACAGGCAGAAACACCAGCAGCCCAGCCCCCAGCCCAGCCAGACGCUGUUCCCCGUGCAGGGACAGGUGUCCACCGUGCCCCAUUACCUGCCCCGCCCCGCCCAGCACUUCCCCCAGCAGCCCUGUCAGCCCGUACCUGGCUCCACUCACAGCUCUGCUCCGUUUAUGCCCCACCCCAACACGCAGCAGUCAGGCGCCCAAUCGCAUGGCCACCUUCAGCCUGUUGGCCACGCCCAUCCCGCCCCUCUGGAUGCCAAACCUAGCGUCCCCUUUAACAGGGGCUACCAGGUUAACACACACUACACCUGUGCUCCCCCCUGCUUUGACCGGUGAUCAUGGGAGCUCAUCACAAAAGCAGUUGUGCCUGUUUAGGGUGGGGGUGGGGUGUAGGGUAGGGUAGGGUGGGGUGGGAUGGUAGAAUCUGAAGAGGAAAAGCAUCUUUAUUUUUUCUUAAGUCUUUUUUUUCUUGGGAAUGGGGCAGGCAAACUGAGCCUAAGAGCAGUGUUAAUCUUCAAACUGUUUUUAAUUUAAAAAGUACUGAAGAAAAUAUAUGAAAAAUAUCAGGAGUUCAGCACUGUAUUGUAAAAUAAGGUUUAAGUUUACAAAUUUUGUGCAAUAUAAUUACUUGGAUAUGUAAUGUAAUUUUUGUUCGCUUUCUUAUAGAACCUGUUUUUGCUUUCCUGUUUUUUUCUUGGGAAUACAUUUCAAAGAAGGCACACUCAUCGAAUAACAGAUGAAGGUGGGGUGCCAUAUGUAUCGUUUAACAAAGCACCUGUGUCCAGCCCAGUAUUUCUUAAAAGCACAGCUACCUCGUGAAUGUUGAAUGUAAAUUAGUAUCUUUGAACUACUUAAAUUAUUAUUCUGAUACUUUAUAUUGGACUGUUUCAUUUGCAUUUAUUUUCUUCAUGAACCUGUGCUCAGUAUUUGUGGGAGACUUGUUUCAGCGUGUAUCUGAAGGAUGUUUUCCCAAUCUGUGAUAUGGCUGAUCAGGAGAUGCACAUUAGCAUUCCACAGUAUGCUACCUCAUUAAAUUCCCUAAGUAGCUCCUAGCGCCUUGGUUAUUUGGCAGUAUUGUUUUCAUCUCAGUAAAUGUUUUUUUUAUUUUAUAUGAUUGUUCUGCAUUUAGAACGCUGUAAUUGCUGUAUGAAUAUUUCACAUCUGCAUGUGAAUUUACAAUGAGUGCUGUGCACUUAAAAAAACAACCAUUUUAAAUAAAGGCAACUUGUGAGUUGUAUAUUCUUA